ACGUCCGGUGGAGGGAGAGCCGGUGCGGAGGCGGCGCGGAGCGCUUCAGUUGUGAGCGGCUCGGAAAUCGGUGCGUCGUGUGAGGCUGCAGCGGAGCCUCUAUAAGAAGGCGCAAGAGGUUGGCAGCUUCAUUGAAGCACAUCGAGCGGCGUCAGCAGCCAGAAGUCAUGAGCGACAGCGGUGAACAGAACUACGGCGAGCGGGUUAAUGUUGAAGAAGGAAAAUGCGGAAGUCGUCAUUUGACAAGUUUUAUAAAUGAGUAUUUGAAGCUCAGGAAUAAGUGAAGCUGAAAUUUGAAAAAAUAAAAGAAAGAAUGCAUGCUAAUUAUCAGACCAGAAGUCCCACUUGUAGAAUAUUGAGCAAUUUGUGUGAAGUGGGGAAGAUGAAAGAAGUCAGAAUUUGAAACGGAAGAAUGAAGAAAAGAAAUAAAAAUGAAGUUAAGAUAAGAAGUAAUCUGGAAUCAGAAAGCACUACGCUAAGAAUCCCGUUCUGCUUCCAGAAGUGGAAGUGCUCACGGAUCGGGGAAAUCUGCAAGGCAUACCCCUGCAAGGUCUCGCUCCAAGGAAGAUUCCAGGCGUUCCAGAUCAAAGUCCAGGUCCAGAUCUGAAUCUAGGUCUAGGUCCCGAAGAAGCUCUCGAAGGCAUUAUACAAGGUCACGGUCUCGUUCCCGCUCCCAUAGACGAUCUCGGAGCAGGUCUUACAGUCGAGAUUAUCGCAGACGUCACAGCCACAGUCAUUCUCCCAUGUCUACUCGCAGGCGUCAUGUUGGGAAUCGGGCGAAUCCUGAUCCCAACUGUUGUCUUGGAGUAUUUGGGUUGAGCUUGUACACCACAGAAAGAGAUCUGAGAGAAGUGUUCUCUAAAUACGGUCCCAUUGCAGAUGUGUCUAUCGUAUAUGACCAGCAGUCUAGGCGUUCAAGAGGAUUUGCCUUUGUGUAUUUUGAAAAUGUAGAUGAUGCCAAGGAAGCUAAGGAACGUGCCAAUGGAAUGGAGCUUGAUGGUCGUAGGAUCAGAGUUGAUUUCUCUAUAACAAAAAGGCCACAUACCCCAACACCAGGAAUUUACAUGGGAAGACCUACCUAUGGCAGUUCACGCCGUCGGGAUUAUUACGACAGAGGGUAUGAUCGAGGCUAUGAUGAUCGAGACUACUAUAGCAGGUCAUACAGGGGAGGAGGUGGAGGAGGAGGAGGAUGGAGAGCUGCUCAAGACAGGGAUCAAAUUUAUAGAAGGCGGUCACCUUCUCCUUACUAUAGUCGUGGAGGAUACAGAUCACGUUCCAGAUCUCGAUCGUAUUCACCUCGUCGCUAUUGAAGCAUGAAGCUGAAGACUUUCUGAAACCUACCCUACAGCUGGGAUAUUGUUUGUGGACAAUAUUUUUUAUUGUCUCGUUUAAAAAGUGAACAGUGCCUAGUGAAGUUAGGUGACUUUUACACCUUUAUGAUGACUACUUUUGGUGGAGUUGAAAUGCUGUUUUCAUUCUGCAUUUGUGUAGUUCGGUGCUUUGUUCAAAGUUAAGUGUUUUCAGGAAAGUAUGUUUUGCAUGUAUUUUUUUACAGUCUAAAUUUUGACUGCUAAGAAGUUUCUAUUGUACAAAACUUCAUUUAAAAGGGUUUUUUACUGAAUCCAGGGUAUACUGAAGAUCGAAGCCUGUGUAAAAUGCUACCAAAUGGCAAAAAGCAACAAUAAAAACAGUUUGAUUUUUACUUUUCUUUCUAAACAUAUCAGUGCUUAGCAGAACUGUUCAGAUUUUGUUGUCAAUAGUAAUUUUAAAGACAAGAUGGCCGUUUUCUCCAGUCCAUGAAACAUACCAUACUUAAUAUACCUGCAACUAAGUGUUAAAAAUUAUGCUCUGUAACUCUGUACUGCUAGUAUUAGAACUAAAAAUCUUUCAAUACAACAAAUGCUUAAUGCUUAUAUUAGUGUGGAUUUGUGUCAGCCUCUAUGUAAUCUGUAAUAAUAUAUAUAGCAGGGAGUAAGAAGAGUUGCACAAUAUAUGCCUUCAAAGGCUAUUUCUUAAAACUGUUAAAAGGGUACAAUAGUAUUUCAAACAGCAAGUGACAAUACAUUCCACCACAAAUGUACUCUUUGUUUUUCUAGCUUUAGACCAUAUGAAAAAACUGGGUGCUUUAAAGUGUGGGAUAAGAGAAGGGAACACUACACCUGUGUCAUGGAUGAACUGAAGACUUUGCCUGUUCAUUUUUUAAAUAUUAUUUUCAGGUCCUUUGCUUACCAAAGGAAGCCCAAUUUCACUCAAAUGUUUUGAGAACUGUGUUUAAAUAAAUGCAAAUGAAAA